AUGGGCAGCGGUUCUUGCCGCUACGAUUGUUCGGACUCACCCACAGAGCUAUCACCAUAUCCAGAUAUUUCAGGUAUCGGUGUCAGUCUCUCAUACACUCUCACUGCUGGAUUAUCUCUGCUCAUUGUUCUCAUCUACUAUGUCUUUAUAUAUCGCCCAGAUAUACGCCCUUUUGGCGACCCAAACAAGCAGGUCACAACUCAUGACAAACGUUUUACAACGAACCCGAUAGAUAGAUAUUUUCUCAGCUGGAGACUGAAAAGAAGUCAUCAAGGUUCUCAUUGUGACUGGAAUGACCCGACCUGGAAGGAUCGCACCGGCAAUGCCCUUAAACAUUGCAUGUUGAUCUUGAGUGACUUUCAAUUAGUCACGGGCCUAUCAAUCAUAAUCAGCGGAUUCACACAGCUACGGUGUGGCAUAUCAAUAUACCACUGGCACAAAAUCGUUCAGCUAGCUUGGUUCUCAAGCAUUACCCACCUUUGUUGUUUGACCUUCCUUCGCGACCACUUCCGCAAGCACAAAUUGGCACAAUUUUGGCGAAUACCCGGUAUGGUUAUACUGGUGAUCCUACUCACCCUCGCCCUUAUUCCUACCGCGCAGUAUACAUGGUAUUUCGAUGACAAGAUAACCCGCGAGGAUGUUAUACUAUUUGUUUCCAAGCCUGCCAUCUGUUCGUUCUUACCACAUCAAAAUCCGACUGGCUUCAAUAAUAGGGCAGGGAAUCAGCGCGCGGGGAUCUCGAUAACUCUCCUGAUCAUCGGCAUGUUUAUUCGUCUUUGUCAGAUUUAUCAAGCAUCAACCGACGCGUACCUCGCGCUGCGUGAUUGGUGUAGCACUUGCUCAAGGAAACUGCUGAGGAGAAUCCACAGCUGGAGCAACCUUGACUCGCCGUUACCUGUCUUCUCAACAAUAUUUCUCUAUCGUCCCUUGCUCGUAGUCUUUCUUUGCUAUCAGAUCCUAUUCAAUGUGGUGUCAUCGAAGGUCUUCGAGGUCUGGUGGCUUGCAGUCAGCUAUGCUUGGGGCGCACUAAAUUUGUGGUACCAAAAGUACGAUAUUGAGCCCGAGAGUCGGGAGUGGACAUUCGGGCAAGUCAUCGCAAUUGUGCUCCUAUUCGCACCAAUCGCCGCUCUGAUUGAGGGUUACCUAACCAACGUCUUACCAUCCCCGCCUCUGGGCCAACAAAAUAUCCCCGAGGAGACACACUGUUUAGUCUUACAACCACGCAUUCUCUCAUCGCUCCAUCGACAGGAAGAUCCAAUUCAGGCCCCCGACUUCCUCGAACAUGAUCCAGACUAUGACUUUUACAACAUUUUUAGUUUCUCUACCCUCAUACACGCAACACUGUUCACGAUUGCACAAAUAUGCAUUUGGACAGUAAUCCUCCUUGCAUCCGGGGUCUUCACGCCGCUAGAUGCAUUCAUUAUCUACACGCCAUACACCUUAGCAAUGUCUUUUGCGACCUGUGUUCUCCUCUCGCUCAUUCUCACUCUGGGUGCAGCUGAGCUAGCUUUCGUCCGUACCCGCCCAAAAUCGCGCUCCGCAUUCGCUACCAUGGUUCUACACAACCCGAACAAUUGGCAUUGGGUCAACAAGGAUGUGUCGGGCUGGGCGCGGGAGUAUCUUGACAAGGAGCUUGGUCAGAUUUCUGCCGAGCAUGAUGGUGUAACAGCCAAAAUCGACAAGGUCGUGAGCAUGGACGGAGAUGUGGACGUGAGCCAGCGGAAAGGCAAGGUCAUCACAAUCUUCGACGUGAAACUCAAGCUAGAGUACUCAGGCAAGAAUGAGGAGGGCGAGGAAGCCAGCGGAACUAUCACAGUCCCCGAGGUUGCGCAUGACACAGAGGAAGAUGAAUAUGUCUUUGACGUAGAUGUCUACUCCGAGGACAGUAGCAAACAACCUGUCAAAGACCUGGUUCGAUCCAAGAUCUUGCCGCAAUUACGCACAAGCCUUGCAAAGCUUGGCCCAGCGCUCAUGGUGGAGCAUGGAAAGGAUAUUCAGCACGCGCCAGGUGCAAAUCCCGCUAGUGGAUUCUCGACACCUAAGGUAUAUUCGAGCUCGAGUGUCAAUAAGUCCACCGGCUCCAAGUCUGGCACAUCUGGUUCCCAGACGAACAGCUCUGGCGCGGUCGUCAAUGUGACCACAAUCACCGAUAGUACUGAAUUCCGUACCGAUGCUGCCAACCUGUUCCAGACAUUUACAGAUCCGCAACGCAUUGCCGCGUUUACUCGCUCACCACCAAAGAACUUCACCGGAGCUAAGCCCGGAGGCACGUUUGAGCUGUUUGGCGGUAACGUGAGUGGAGAGUACACUGAGCUGGAGGAGCCAACGCACAUCGUCCAGAAAUGGCGGCUAGCACAAUGGCCCGCGGGACACUACUCGACACUCUCCAUCUGGUUUGAUCAGAAUGACGUUGAUGCUGUAACGGUCAUGAGGGUUGAGUGGAAGGGUGUUCCGGUUGGGCAGGAAGAGCCUACGAAGACCAAUUGGGACCAGUACUAUGUCCGAAGUAUCAAGACUACCUUCGGCUUCGGCACAGUGCUGUGA